AAAAGCUCCGGACUGGGGACAAAACGGACACAUUCACGGAGGCAGUAGUGGUGGAAAUCGUGAGUGAAGCAGCAACAUGCCGAACCGCCGUGUGCAGGACUGGAUCCGCAUGUCUCAGCGGACUCCGGGCAUCCUCAUCUUCGGCAUGGUCCUGUCUCCAUGCGGUUGGAUUCUGGACCUCACCUCCACCGUGGCUCCAAACUGGCGGACGCUCCAUGGCUUCACCAACCAGCCGUCAGAUUACGUCCUCAUGCAGGGGAUCUGGGACAUCUGCUCCUCCACUACGUCCUCAACCAGAAACGACUGCGGCCAACCAGACACACUGUAUUACAAAAAUCAGAUUAUUGAAGUAGCGCAGGGGUUGAUGGUGGCCUCCCUGGUGGUCACGCUCAUAGGUUUGGCCGUGGCUAUCCCUGGGGUUCGCUGCUGGAAAAGCACCCCCAACUGGACAGCUGCAGGCCUGGGAGGACUGCUCAUCUUCUGCUCCGGAGUCAUGACCAUCAUUCCCAUCUCUUGGUACACGCACAUCCUGACGGAACUCAACACGACCACUCCUGCACCUGACAUCCGCGUGGGUUACUGCAUCGUCCUGGGGUACAUCGGCGGUAUUUUCGAAGUAUUGGCGGGUUUCGUCAUGUUUAUAGGCAUAUGCCGCUGCUGCAAGGGCAAAAACAGAGGCGAGAUUCGAAUGGACCGAGCCGUGGCCAAGUUCAACCAUCAAAAAGAUCCUCCCAGACGCAUGGACGUGCCGAGCCUGAGCCGUCCGCGCAGCGAGGCCAGCAGCGUGCCCUCCAAAGAGUCCAUGGAUGACGACGUCUCUUUCCCCAGAGCCAAGAGCGUGGCCCCGUCCGUCAACACGCUGGACAGUCGUGGCAGGCCAUAUGAUGCAGACCUUUAAAUGGGCACAAAAGGAGCGUUUUAUCCAGAUGGGUACAGAAGGACUUGGAAAAUAGUAACAAUGGUAACAAUGUCAGUCAUUCAUUAUUGUGUUGCAUUUGACUGGUUGGUGAAAUGUGGUUUGACCCAUGCUGCAAAGCACGUAUUAGGCCUAUUAUGAACUAAAAUGUUGUUUAUUUUGACUGCCAGUUUAAUGCUAUGCAAUGUGCCAGAAAAGUCCAGUAUACAAAAGCAUAAGAUCAACGUGUUUUAGAAAACUUUUACUUUGAAGGAGUGUUUUUCAAAUUAAAAUGAAGGCAUUGAUGAUGAUGUUUCUGCCAAAUGGCGUUUUAUACUGAGAAUUUGUUAAUAGUAUUUCUUAUAUGGAAUCUUGCCAAAAAUAUUGAUUUGUACAUAUUUUUGUAUGCACUUUAAUGGUUGGGCCACUUUAAAUGUUGCUUUGUGAUAAAAGUGCUGUUAAAUAAAUGUGCACUGUUUUGAAAGUA